AUGUCCGUGCCUACCCAGAGCCUCUGGGGCUGGGGAGAGUGGGGUUGUGGGAACUAUGAAGGAACUGGAACUGCCCCUCCAAUGCAGGGUGGCAGUGGAGGCCUAGGGUGUGUGGUUUCUGGAGAAGUGGAUCCGGCAGAUGAGGGCCUGGGGCUAGGAAGACCUGCUGAUUUCUCUGUGGGCUGUCAGAAGGUGGAGGAAAAGAUGGGCUGGCAAAAGUCUCUGCAAGGAUCAGAAGUGUCCAAAGCCCGCACCAUUUACCUCAAUGAACCCCUUAAGAACAAUUUCUGCAAAAACUCGAUCAGCACAGCCAAGUACAACAUGUGGUCAUUCCUCCCUCGAUAUUUGUAUCUGCAGUUUAGCAAAGCUGCUAAUGCUUUCUUCCUGUUCAUUACUAUAUUACAGCAAAUUCCAGAUGUGUCUCCAACAGGAAAAUAUACAACUCUCUUGCCUUUGAUGAUUAUUCUUACAAUUUCAGGCAUCAAAGAGAUUGUAGAAGAUUAUAAACGACAUAUAGCAGACAAAUUAGUUAACACAAAGGAUAUAAUAGUGUUAAGAGAGAAUGUGUGGAAAAUCAUUAUGUGGAAAGAGGUAAUUGUGGGCGAUAUUGUGAAAGCCUCAAAUGGACAGUUCCUUCCUGCAGACAUGGUUCUGAUUUCUUCCAGUGAACCUCAAGUAACAUGCUAUGUUGCAACAUCUAAUCUGGAUGGGGAGACAAACCUAAAAUUACGGCAGGCUUUGUUAGAAACAGCUCAAAUGCAAACAGAAAGGCAAUUGUCAAGCCUAUCUGGAAAAAUAGAAUGUGAAGGACCUAAUCGUCAUUUUAAUACCUUCAUUGGAACCUUGUAUCUAAAGGAUGAAAGCCCCGUUCCAAUUGGGCCUGAUCAGGUCUUGCUAAGAGGUACACAACUUAAAGAUACUCAAUGGGUCCUUGGCAUAGUUGUUUACACUGGAUUUGAAACCAAAUUCAUGCAGAAUUCUAUUAAAUCGCCUCUCAAGAAAUCACGUGUUGAGAAGGUGACCAAUGUGCAGAUCCUGGUGGUGUUCGUGCUGCUUCUGGCCAUGUCCCUGGUGAGCUGCUUGGGAGCCAUACUCUGGAAUGUAGAAGGCACUUGGUACUUCGGGACAAAAGAUUACAGCUCCCACAGCUUAGGGUUUGACUUAUUGGUGUUCAUCAUCCUAUACCACAAUCUCAUUCCCAUUAGUCUACUGGUCACUCUGGAAAUUGUGAAAUAUGUUCAGGCCAUGUUUAUAAACUGGGAUGAAGAUAUGCAUUACAAAGAAAAUAAUAUCUAUGCCAUUGCUAGAACAUCCAACCUUAAUGAAGAGCUUGGGCAGGUAAAAUACUUAUUUUCUGAUAAAACAGGAACCCUUACUUGCAAUAUUAUGAAAUUUAAGAAAUGUUCCAUUGCAGGUAUAAUAUAUGGUCUGUCACCCUCUGUCCUCACAGAGUCCCACGAAUUUAAUGACCCAACAUUACUGCAGAACUUUGAGAAUGGUCAUCCCACAAAAGAUUAUAUAAAGGAAUUUCUUACCCUAUUAUGCGUGUGCCACACUGUUGUCCCUGAGAGAGAUGAAGAUAAAAUAAUCUACCAGGCUUCCUCCCCAGAUGAAGCAGCUUUAGUGAAAUGGGUGAAGAAACUUGGUUUUGUUUUUACUACAAGAACACCAACCUCUGUCACCAUAGAAGCUAUGGGAGAAAACUUCACAUUUGAAAUUCUUAAUAUUCUGGAAUUUUCUAGUAAUAGAAAAAGGAUGUCUGUAAUUGUGCGAACUCCUACAGGAAAUCUCCGGCUCUACUGUAAAGGGGCUGAUACAGUGAUUUAUGAGAGACUUUCAGAAGAUUCUCUCUUUAUGAAGGAGACAUUAACCCAUCUGGAACAUUUUGCCAAAGGAGGGCUGAGAACUCUCUGUGUUGCCUAUACAGAUUUAACUGAGGAAGAAUAUCAGCAGUGGUUGACAGAGUAUAAAAAAGCUAGUUCAGUUAUACAAGACAGGAUGCAAAGUUUGGAAGAAUGUUAUGAUAAAAUUGAAAAGAAAUUUCUGCUGCUUGGAGCCACAGCCAUUGAAGAUCGUCUUCAAGCACGUGUUCCAGAAACGAUAGCAACUUUACUGAAAGCAAACAUAAGAAUAUGGGUCUUGACAGGAGAUAAACAAGAAACUGCAAUUAACAUAGCAUAUUCCUGUAAAUUGAUAUCAGCUCAAAUGCCUCAUAUUCAAUUGAAUACAAACUCACUUGAGGCAACACAGCAAGCAGUUACUCAGAACUGUGAAGCUCUUGGAACUCUGAUAGGUAAAGAAAAUGACCUGGCCCUCAUCAUUGAUGGUGAAACAUUGAAGUAUGCCCUCAAUUUUGAAGUUGAGAGGAGUUUCCUCAACUUGGCCCUCUCAUGUAGAGCAGUAUUAUGUUGUAGGUUAUCUCCCCUCCAGAAGGCAGAAAUUGUGUACCUAGUUAAGAAGCAUGUAGGGGCUAUCACCCUCGCCAUUGGGGAUGGUGCCAACGAUGUUGGAAUGAUCCAGAUGGCCCAUGUGGGUGUGGGAAUCAGUGGGAAUGAAGGCAUGCAGGCUGCUAACAACUCAGAUUAUUCCAUUGCACAGUUUAGCUACUUGGAGAAGCUUCUGUUGGUUCAUGGAGCUUGGAAUUAUUUUCGAGUAACAAAAUGCAUUUUGUAUUGUUUCUACAAAAAUGUAGUGUUAUACAUUAUUGAGCUUUGGUUUGCCUUUGUUAAUGGAUUUUCUGGCCAGAUUAUAUUUGAACAUUGGUGCAUUAGCUUGUACAAUGUGAUUUUCACUUCAUUACCACCUUUUACUCUGGGGAUCUUUGAACAGUGUUGCAGUCAGAAGAGCCUGCUUACAUAUCCACAACUCUACACAGUUUCUCAGACAGGGAAAACUUUCAACACAAAGGUGUUUUGGUUUCAAUGUAUUAAUGCUUUGGUCCACUCCUUUAUUCUGUUCUGGAUGCCCAUGAAAAUGUUGGAGCAUGAUAUGGUCUUACAAGGGGGUCACACUACAGACUAUUUGUUUCUUGGAAAUUUUAUUUAUACGUACGUGGUUGUUACUGUCUGUCUGAAAGCUGGUUUGGACACACUAUCUUGGACUAAAUUUAGUCAUUUGGCCAUUUGGGGAAGCAUAAUUAUAUGGCUGGUGUUUUUUGCAAUUUACUCUUUCGUAUGGCCCACCAUUCCCGUUGCUCCUGAAAUGACAGGACAGGUCAAUAUGAUCCUGGUUUGUCCAUACUUCUGGCUGGGUUUUCUCAUAGUCCCCAUUGUGUGCAUGAUUCUAAAUUUAAUAUGGAAAUCGUAA